CCACAGCGUAGUUUUUUCUCCUUGACUCACAUCUUCUAGCGACCGCAAUGGUAAAGAAAGCUCAGUUUCUAGCGGGCGGUCUGCUGCCGUUGCUGUGUGGAACGUUCGCGGUCGCGGAGGUCUUCAAUCCCCGGGAGUACCCCAAACAGGUCGCAACAUGCAAAGCAGUGAAUCGGGCGGAGGGAAAAGAUGUGGACAUCGACCUAUACUAUGUGGACAUAAACCCUACGGCAGAGAAAACGUUGUUGAUGGUGCACGGGUGGCCCAGUCUCUGGAGUAGCUGGAAGUAUCAGAUUGAAGAGUUCAAGCAUGAAUACCGUCUUUUGAUUCCUGACUUGCGUGGGUUCGGAUCUUCCACUCAUCCUGGAGACGUGAAAUCGUCGGGAAACAUGGAAGACAUGGUCUCCGACAUGAUUUGUCUUUUGGAAAAGGCGGAAGUGAAGAGUACCAUUUGUGUGGGCCACGAUUGGGGUUCUCAAAUAUGCUACGAAGCCGGCCGUUCUAGGCCGGACAUAUUCGAAGCCGUAGUUGGCGUGGCUAUUCCCUACAUACCAGCUGGCGGUCCAUUCAUGCCGACUACGGCGCUCCUUGAACACCUUCCGCGUCUCUCGUAUCAGGUUUUCUUCGACGAGCACACAUCUGAUGCUGUCAACGAGUUGAAGAAAGAUAUCAGACGCACGCUCAGGGGCACCCUACGUACUGUUGAUAGCCCGCCUCCGGAAGCAUUUCUGAUGCAAACAGAUUCAUUCUUGGCGGGCUGGAGCGACGUUAAAGAGAUCGAUCCCAUCCCGUUUUUCUCUCCUGACGAGGAAGACUACUGGGUUGAACAAUACGGGAUACAGAAAUUCGAGUACACUUUAGAGUUCUACACGACCGAAAACCGUUAUGCUUCUUGGAAGAUUGCUCACGAACAGGGAAAUUACACCCUUCAUCAACCAGUCCUUAGCGUACUGCCCACCAAGGACCCUGUCGCGGACUGGGUUCUCGCCGCCAAACUACUGAAAUCGGCGGACUAUCUGCCGCACAUCACGUUGCAGACGCUGCAUGGAGCUCACUGGUUGCACAUUGAGAACCCGGACGGGUUCAACAGGAUCCUGCGGGCAUGGCUGGGCCAACUUGAUGCGCGCGCGGAGCAUUCACACGACGAGCUCUAAAUUUGGCAGCAUUCUCCCGUCGUCUUUUGUUGCUGUUGCCUGUGAGGUAGAUCCGGAGUCUUCUUGUAGGUGAUCCGUGAUGUAGAUGAAGAAUGCAGAGAUGGAAUCUGAUCAUCAGCAGGCUUAAACAGCUUUUCCCUCGAGCGCUGACGCGUGUAACUGUACUUAGCCUGCAACGAACACGUCGUGCAAUUGAUAGCAGUAUAUCUCGAAACUUUGCACAUAUGUCAGGAGUUGGUAGUAGUUUACGCAACAUCUAUGAGCGCAUGCGGUUGUUUUAUAUAGAAAGAGGCAUGAAUUCUUGUCG